AUGCCCCGACAAUCGCAAAGCACGCUCGGAGGGCUACGUCGCUCGGUGAGCGCCGUGCUUGGAGCCUCCUCGCUGGUUUCCUGGCGUCGCAGCUGGAGGCGGUUCGCGUCCAGCGACACGAGAUGCUCUCUUGCUCCUCAUUCCCACCCCAUUCCCCCCUAUUACCCACCCCCCUAUUGCCCACCCCCCUAUUGCCCACCCCCCUAUUGCCCACCCCCCUAUUGCCCACCCCCCUGUUGCCCACCCCCCUGUUGCCCACCCCCCUGUUGCCCACCCCCCUGUUGCCCACCCCCCUGUUGCCCACCCCCCCUUUGCCCACCCCCCCCCUGUUGCCCACCCCCCCCCUGUUGCCCACCCCCCCCCUGUUGCCCACCCCCCCCCCCCCCUCCCACCCCCCCCCCCCCUGUUGCCCACCCCCCCCCCUGUUGCCCACCCCCCCCCCCCUGUUGCCCACCCCCUUGCCCAACACCCCCCCCCUGUUGCCACCCCCCCCCCCCCUGUUGCCCAACCCCCCCCCCCUGUUGCCCAACCCCCCCCCCCCCCUGUUGCCCAACCCCCCCCCCCCCUGUCGUCUGGCCAUCUGGUGGAGGACUGGUAGUGGACCCUGUGUCGAAGUUGUCGCACAAGGUUGUUUUCUGA